AUGAAUAUAUCAAUUUUACUGAGGCAUUCAGGAAUUUGGGUCAGUGAAGUGAAAUAUGAAAGUUACAAAAGUGACAGAAUCGUUGUUGGACAAUCAAUAUCGUUUUUGAAUCUCAAAGCAGCAAUUUCAGCCGAGUUGGAUAUCGAUGUAUCAAGGAAAAACAUUGAAAUUAGUUACAUAGUAGAAGGUCAAUUAUAUAAGGAUAAAGCAACACUCGUCGAUGUGAUGGCGAAAUAUAAGAUAAAGAACAACUUCAAUUGCAAAGUAAAGAGAUCUGAUAUACAAAGUUAUGUGUUGGUAUGCUUUUCGGAUGAAUGUGGCUGGACUAUGAAGGCUUCCUGCAGAAAAAAAUCUAUUGUUUUCAAAGUUAGAUACUUCAAUAGUGAACAUACGUGUCCAAUGCGGGAUAGGGUACUAACUAAAGUCCAAGCAACAAUCGGGUUUGUAAGUGGUGUGACUGCUCCCAAAUUGGUCAACCAUAAAAGAAUUCAUACUCCGAAAGAUAUAAUUGCUGAUAUUAGAGAAUUCUAUGGGGUUCAAAUAUCUUACCAGCAGGCAUGGCGUGCUAAAGAACGUGCACUAGAAAUGAUAAGGGGUAAAUCAUCGGCUGGAUAUAGACAGAUGCCGAGAUACAUAUACAUGCUAAAUACUGUGUAUCCAAAUUCUUAUAUAAGGAUGCAGAAGACUGAGGAAGAUGAAUUUAUGUAUCUGUUCGAAGCCUUAAGACCAUUGAUUAGGGGGUUCGAUUACUGCAGACCAAUAGUUGUUGUCGAUGGUGCACAUCUGGGAGGAGCUUACAAAAGAACAUUUGUAUCGGCAAGCACACUUGAUGGGCAAGUAUGUAUUUUUCAUAGUUGUGAGGUGUUUGUAGAUGUUAUGUAUCAAAUGAAAUAA